GACUUUCCUCUGCACAAACCACUCAAGGCUGGAGCUGUAGUGGACAAAAAUGGAGCCUGUUGAUCUUCUGGCAUUUGCCUCUAUAGAAAUGAAUAGUACAACGGUCACCCUGGCUUUGAUGGCGGUCUUCCUGGUCCUGCUGUACUGGUACUCCACAUCUGCAUUCUCCAAACUAAGCAAAGUAGGGAUCCGACAUCCUCCACCUCUUCCUUUCAUUGGAAACCUGCUCUUUUUCCGUGAGGGUUUUUGGGAAAACCACACAAAACUCAUAACAGAGUAUGGACCUGUUUGUGGGUAUUACAUUGGUCGCCAGAUGUUUGUGGUGGUCUCCACACCAGAGAUGAUCAAGCAAAUCUUAGUGACAGAAUUCAGUAACUUCACCAACAGAACUAAGCCGAACUUGAUUUCCAAGCCAAUGCUUGACAGCAUCCUUUGUCUUCGUGAUGACAGAUGGAAGUGUGUCCGGAGCCUCCUGACCCCAGCCUUCAGCGAUACCAAACUGAAAGAGAUGACACCGCUAAUAAACCAGGCCUGUGACGUCCUGCUGUGUAACUUGAAAGUCUAUGCAGAUUGUGGCAAAGCUUUUGAUAUCCAGAGGUGUUAUAACUGCUUUACCUUGGAUGUCGUUGCUAGCGUAGCUUUUGGUACUGAGGUAGAUUCUCAGAAGAAUCCCAAUGACCCCUUUGUUAAGAAUUGCAGAACAUUCUUUGAAAUGGCUUUGUUUAAGCCUCUCCUCAUUCUAGUCCUUUCUUUCCCAUUCAUAAUGAUCCCAUUGCUCCGGAUUUUGCAAACCAAGAAACAAAAGGAACUGAAUGGAUUUUUUAUCCAAACCAUAAAAAAUGCAAUUGUUUUCAGACACCAGCAAGAUGCAGCUGAGAGGCGCAGAGAUUUUCUCCAGUGGAUGCUCGACUCCCGUGACUCAGCUGACUCCCUGGCAGCUGGGUGUUUUGAUGUGAUCGAUCCAUCGGCCGCUUCCAGACAGAACGAGGCGCCUCUUGCUGGCAGGGCCCCAUCUGAAAAGGUUCAGAAGACGUUAACGGAGGAUGAGAUAGCAGGCCAAGCUUUCCUGUUCCUCAUCGCUGGGUACGAGACCAUCACUAGCACACUGUCCUUUGCCACAUACUUGCUAGCCACCAACCCAGAGUGCCAGGAGAAGGUGCUUCAGGAGGUUGAUGAGUUCUCAGCAAAACACAUGGUCCCUGAUUACCAAAAUGUACAAGAACUCCCUUAUCUGGACAUGGUGAUUGCAGAGACAUUGCGCAUGUACCCGCCUGCAUUCAGGUUCACUCGGGAAGCAGCUAAAGACUGUGUAGUGCUGGGGCAGCGUAUUCCAGCUGGAGCUGUCAUUGAAACCGCAGUUGGACAUCUCCACCACAACCCUGAGUUCUGGCCAGAGCCUGAGAAGUUCAUUCCUGAGAGGUUUACAGAGGAGGCCAAGAAGGAACAACAUCCCUUUGCAUACCUGCCCUUUGGGGCAGGACCCCGUGGCUGCAUUGGCAUGAAAAUGGGUUUGCUGGAGACAAAAAUGACUCUGCUGAGGAUUUUGCAGAAGUUUCAAUUUAAGACCUGCCCAGAGACUGAGAUUCCUUUGCAGCUGAAAUCAAAAGCCACACUUGGACCAAAAAAUGGAGUCUACAUUAUGCUAGAAUCUCGCUGAAAGAAAAUGUACAUCCUGAAGCCUCCUGAGAUGGGACCCCUUGUUCAGUGACUCACUGGGUAUAAUUAUUUUUCAAAACCCCAAAGACAGAUAGGAGCCUAAGUCCCACUGAUGGUCAGUAGAUGGUGCCUCACUGCCCUCCUGUGGGAGAGCCACCAGUCACUUUUUUAAGAGACAUGGGCUCUACAGUCUUUUUGGUGGUUUUCAAAUUGCUGUGAGUAGUAUCUGUAAAGAAGCAUCCCACUUUCACUUGCUUUUCUACAUUACACUUGCUUUCGCUCAUCUUUGAGAAUGCUUUAUUC